UUCAGCAACAACAAUUCUCUUCUCUUCUUCAGCAGCAACAACAACAAAUUCAGCAAAUUCAACAAUAGCAAAUUCAGCAGCAACAACCACAAAAUAAAUCACUACAAAUUUUAAAUUUGAUAACAGUUUAACCAUCGUCAAUCACACUUCAAAUCCAAAAUCAACAACCAAUGAAAUAAAAAAGAAUUAAAAAAUGAUGUUUAUGUUCUUCAAAAAAAAUGGAAGAACGAAAAAAGGAGGAACGAAGAUGAAUCCAAAACCCCCUAAAACAGCCUAAUACCACCACUUGAACAAUCGUUAAAGUAGAAAACAGCCAACAAAUGCUCUAAAAGAGUGCCGCGUUUUGCCAGUCCCCAACCCACGCUCUCUUUGCUAAUGGAGAACAUGCAGUACGCGGAGGAGCUGUUUCAGGAGUUCCUCGUCUUCCGAGGCUUCACCAACACUCUCCAAUCCUACGACUCUGAGCUCCGAACCGAUCUUGGAAAGGGCUUCUAUGUCGAUAAGAUCAUCGACCUCAUCUUCUCUUUCUACGUUCCUAAAUUCCAAGUCGAUAGGCUCGUUGCCCUCGUCUCCUUGCUAUGCUCUCCAAAAUCCAAACUUCUCUUCCCCGCUUUUACGUCGUUCACGCCUUGCAAGCCAAUAGUAGGGACAGAGUCAUCGACUUCUUCACUGUCCAUGACAGUGACCUCUUGCAACGCUCACAGGAUUGGACUCGCUGGUUGGGUGUAUUUUUCUGUCGACGGAGACGACGACGUGGGACUGGGAGGCGAGGUUGUGGACCUCAUUAGGGAGAAGAAAGUAGAGAAGGAGGCGGGGGGUAGAGAUGGUAAGGUGACAGAAAGAGAGAGAGUAAGAAUUUUGGUUGUGGUUGGGAGGAGGGUUCCGAAGAAAGGGGUAGGAGGAAUGGUAGGAAGAAGGGGAUGA